AAAGCAGCGAUGUUCCACCCUACGUCACGAAGAGCAAACUCUACAGAGACUCAAAUCUCCUCUCCUGCAAGCUGCGCAUUAAAUACCCGAGUCCACACAGAUGGAUUUUUAGAGGCAGACCUCAAUGCGGACGGAACGACAUGCACUAUCUGAUAUUUCAAUCCGUUCGAUACAACAUGAGAUCAACAGUCUAAAGUUUCAUCUUUUCAUCGUUUGUGUUGAUAUAUCCCCAGAUAAACAGUCAUCAUGCCGGAGCAGAGCAACGACUAUCGCGUGGUGGUGUUCGGCGCCGGAGGUGUGGGGAAGAGCUCCCUGGUUCUCCGCUUCGUCAAGGGGACCUUCCGCGACAGCUACAUCCCCACCGUGGAGGACACAUACAGACAGGUGAUUAGCUGCGACAAGAGCAUCUGCACGCUCCAGAUCACAGACACCACAGGCAGCCACCAGUUCCCCGCCAUGCAGCGUCUGUCCAUCUCCAAGGGCCACGCCUUCAUCCUGGUCUACUCUGUCACCAGCCGUCAGUCUCUGGAGGAGCUCAAGCCCAUCUAUGAGCAGGUGUGUCAGAUCAAGGGCGAAGUGGAGACGUGUCCCAUCAUGCUGGUGGGCAACAAGUGCGACGAGACGUCGGCGCGCGAGGUGGAGACCACGGAUGGCGACGCCACGUCCAAGAAGUGGAAGUGCGCCUUCAUGGAGACGUCGGCCAAGACCAACCACAACGUCAAGGAGCUCUUCCAGGAGCUGCUCAACCUGGAGAAACGCAGGACUGUCAGCCUCCAGAUCGACGGCAAAUCGAAGCAGCAGAAACGCGCCGAGAAGCUCAAGGGCAAGUGUGUGGUCAUGUGACGUGGACUUAAGGAGAAGGAGGUGGAAGUGCAGGAGGCCCGAAAAAUCUCAAAGGGACGAAGGGCAAGGAGCGAGGGAGAAACAAGGUUUGGAGGGGGUUCGGACUCUUGCCAUGGGGCAGACCGUGCAUCGUAAGACAAACUCCUGCAGACAAGCUAAAAUACCUGGAAGUUUACAUCCAACGGAAAGAGUGGAACAAGGGUAUGCCUACUACACUAAGAUUUAUUCAGCCUGACUCAUUGUCAAAUCCAACAGCCAAUCAAACAGAGCGGAAGAGGCCCCGUGAAGAAGAUUUCUCCUUUUCAGCCACAUACACAAAGAGACGCUUUGAAUGAAAUCAUACUUAUUCCAAGUUUGCAACCAAGAGGAUUCUUUAAUUGAACCUACUGUAGAAUUGCACCCGUUCGAGGUCUCAACACUAAUCAGCACCAGUGCUUGGCAACCUUCCCCUAGCCCCCAGAGACCCCUAACCUCUACGAAAACCCCAGAGACAGACAGCUGAGCUAAACAGAGGCAGUCCGAGAGAUGCAUGGAUCCCAUAGCUGACAUUUUAGAAACCACUAGAUUUUUAUGUCUGCAAAAACAUUGACAGAAACCAAGGAGUAAAAUGGUGACCAGGAAAAGUAUGUUUUAGAAUGGAAUCCAACUCAUAUUUUGCUCCCAAGAUUAUUGCUAUACAGGAGCAGUACUCUUAGGAGAGGACAUGGCAGUUGAGUCAAACUGUCAGGCUGUCUGUUAGGUACUUAAACACAAAAUAUAAAUGUUUUACUCUAUUGUUCUUUUAUUUAUAUUUUUAUAGGUUAGUAUUUCUUUUUUGUGAAGGUUAUAUUUUCUAUUUAUACUGUUCGAAGUUAUGGCCAAUGUAUCCCCAAUAUCCCCAAGAGAAGUUAUACAUACAUGGAUUUAUGGUCAGAUCUGUACCAUUGAUGGUGGUGUGACGUGCAUUUAGAAAUAUAUGUUUUACCAAUAUUUAUAGUGUUAUAGUCCAUUUGACAAGGAGAACUACAAUUAACUACAAUGGAAAAAAAGUACUAUAAACCUUUUAAGAUUGUUUAGGAAAGACUAUUCCUUAGUAUUGAGACUAGUUUUGCUCAUAGAUCAUAGUUGUAGAUUGCGUUGCAGUCGAAUUGAUAUACAUUGUUAGUUAUCAUUUGAGAUGUUUUCGAUAGACUUCUAUCAGGGGCAAUGGCAGAGGGAGAUAGGAGCUUCACAGCAAUAUUACGUAGAUAAACUGUGUGAUUUGUGAUGUCACUUCCUUUGGAGGUAUUGGGUUGCCAUUAAAUUUAUUUCCUUGUCACCACCAUAUUUAUUACCAUCAUCAUGCAUUAUAUGCAAAUGUAUAUGUCUUGUGUCAACAUAGCUUAAGGUUUUUCUUAUUACAUUUUUAUAAUAGGAAUGAUAUAUUAUCAUAAAUUGGAGGAAGACAAUUUAACAUAGGAAAUAAGCAUAGAUUCACUUUUUCAACUAAUCAAAAUGUCAUUGCUCCUAGAAAACAUGAAGUAUAAACAUAACAUGUCUGUGUCUACAACUUGUGUUAUCUUUUUCAAAAUAAGGUACUGUCACAAAAUGGCAGAGCAAACAUAUAACACUAUAUACUGGCAGUUGUGGUAUUUAUCAGUGUGUUACGAUAAAGACAGAAUGAGAGUUAAAAAUAUUAAAAUAUCCCUCACACGGAAAGCAAAUGUUUCUAGCUGACUUUAUCCAUUUCAGUAGACCUGUGUCACGUAUGUACACAUUGAACAUAUAUCUGUUUCAUCCAUUUUAUUUUGGAGAAUCAUACUCAAUAUGUAACCGUGUAUUUUACAUUAUAUUUAUUGUUAAAACCUUGGCAGACAAUUGAAAUGAAAGGAAUGGUGUGUAGAUAUUUUCAGUACGGCGGGGUGUUACUAUAAGCAGUGCGUUCUGGGUUCAUAGUUAGCUUGUAUUGCUGCCACUGGCUAGCUUUGUAUACAGAGCAAGUGAGUAGAGAAACUGUAAGAUAUUGGACAAGUCAAUAAUGUUGUUAAAUCGAGUUAGAUAGGUUUAUGCAAAUAGGCUCAUCCAAAGUAACUAGAGGAUGACAGUUCAAAUACCUUCCUUAAGUAAAUUAAGUGGAUCGUCAGAGUACAGUAAAACAUCAUCAGUGAAGUGUAACGUGGGUUAGAAAAGUGUAACGUGGGUUAGGAAAGUGUAACGUGGGUUAGGAAAGUGUAACGUGGGUUAGGAAAGUGUAACGUGGGUUAGGAAAGUGUUACGUGGGUUAGAAAAGUGCUUCAAGACCAAUGCUACAAGAAUUCAAGCCUAUUUUCAGUCGAUUUCAAAGCCAGAAUUAUUGAAUUUCAUACUUAACACUGUUUUAAUCAAAUGCCUGUAUAGACAUCAUGUGUGCCUACAUGUUUAUAUUUAAUUGUAUAUAUUGAGUCACAAGAAUAAAGGAAAUUAUGCAUUUAACACG